AUGUCUUCUAAUUGGGAAGAAUUUUAUUCAAAAGCACCAAAACCGAGUAAUUAUGGAGAACAAGUUACAAUAAUAAAUAAAUUUGUUUCUCACCAUAGGGCUAAUCAUCGUAAAAUAGUUCUUGUGACUUCGGGAGGAACGACGGUACCUCUGGAACAUAAUGCAGUUCGUUUUAUCGAUAAUUUUAGCGCGGGUUCUAGAGGCUCUGCUUCUGCUGAAUGUUUUUUAGACCAUGGUUAUGUUGUUAUAUUUUUAUUUAGAUUUAAAUCAUUAGAACCGUUUAUGAGGCAUUUUACUGGAUGUUCAUUUUUAGAUUUAUUAGAAAUAAAAAAUUCAAGUAAUAAUUCUAAAGCUGUACAAGUUAAAGAAAAUAAAAUUAGUGAAGUUUUGCCUGUUCUUGAAAAAUAUUGCAAAGUGAAAUCAUGUUCAGAAAUUUUAUCAAUUUCAUUUACUACAUUAUCCGAUUAUCUUUGGCUCCUUAGAACCUGUUGCGAGUCUUUAUCGACUUGUGGAAAAAAUGCUCUUCUUUAUUUGGCCGCUGCCGUAUCAGAUUUUUAUAUACCAGAUGAAAACAUGCCAAUUCAUAAAAUACAAUCUAAUAAUGGACCGUUAAAUUUAACAUUCCAAUUAGUUCCAAAGGUUUUAAAACCGUUAGUUAGUUCAUGGGUGCCUGAGGCAUACACAGUUUCAUUUAAAUUAGAAACAGAUGAAACACUUUUAAUUGUUAAAGCUAGAGAAUCAUUAAAAAAAUACAAUCAUCAUUUAGUUAUUGCAAAUAUAUUAAAUACUAGAAAAAAUAAAGUAACUGUAGUGACAAGGUACUCUAAUUACGAAAUAACUUUAACAAAAGAUGAAAUUUCAAAGGGUGUUGAAAUAGAAUCGAAAAUAGUUCCCGAUGUUGUAAAUAAACACGAAGAAUAUAUUACACAAAAAAAAAAUAAACAUAAUUAA